CCAAAACCCUAACGCCGAGACGGCAAAAAAUAAAAAAUAAAAAGAAAAUAAAAGUAAAAAGAACAAUAAAAAAAGGAGAAAUAAAGGAAAGGUCAAAAAAAGAAGAAGAAGAUAGAGGGAAGCAAUUCCCGGUUCUUCUUCUUCGAUUCUCGACUUCCAAUUGUAAGCCGAUUGUUUCCUCGCCAUGUCUCCGAUCUCGGGGCUGACACUCGCUGACUUCGAUCGAGAUCGACUGGAUGUGGGGUGCUGCAGUUGUCUAGGGUUUCUCAGGAAGCCUGAUACAGAGUUGGAUUCGUUUCUCGGGGAGGGAUAUUAUGGCGAUGUACAAUAUGGAGGGUACCUCUGCGAGGACCAAGGGAGGAUCCCGGGAUUGCCCAGGGGCGAUCGGGUAAUUUGCAGAGAGGUUCCAGUGAUAUUGACGGGCCAAUUGACGAUGGGUGAGGAUGAAGACGGGCACAAAAUGAUUAACGAGUAUGUUAGAGAAAAUAAUAUUGGUCGUGGAAGCUAUGGCAAAGUGGUUUUGUAUCGAAAAAUAACAGACGGGAAGAAAUACGCGAUCAAGGCAUUUUACAAGUCUCGCUUGUCCAAAAUCCGUGUGACAUCUUCUGAAACGGCCUGGACAGAUGUUCUUAGGGAGGUGUCAAUCAUGAAGACUUUGGAACAUCCAAAUAUUAUAAAUCUCAUUGAGGUGAUUGAUGACCCAGAUUCAGAUCGUUUUUUUAUGGUGCUAGAAUAUGUGGAAGGAAAAUGUAUAUGUGAUGCCUCUGGACAAUGUGGUGGGAUAGGGGAAGAAAUCUCUAGGAGACGGUUGAGGGAUAUAAUAUCUGGGCUCAGUUAUCUGCAUGCUCAUGGUGUUAUUCAUGGGGACAUCAAACCUGAAAAUCUUCUGGUAACAAAAGGUGGAGCCGUGAAAAUUGGUGAUUUCAGUAUCAGUCACGCAUUUGAGGAUGCCAAUGAUUUACUCUGGAGAUCUCCGGGAACACCUGUUUUCACCGCACCUGAAUGCUGUAUUGGUUUAAACUAUCAUGGUAAAACAGCUGAUGUGUGGGCCGUAGGUGUUACGUUGUACUGCAUGAUUUUUGGUUAUUGCCCAUUUAUCGGAGAGAGCUUACAAGAGACUUACGAUAAGAUAGUGAACAGUCCUUUACAUAUUUCUGAAGAUUUAGAUCCUGAACUAGAGGAGUUACUUCGAGGACUUCUUUGCAAGGAUCCAAGUCAAAGAAUGACACUGGAAUCAGCAGCUAGACACCCUUGGUUAACUAGAGGAACAGAUCCGAUUCCUCAGCCUUCAGGCAAAUGCAGGUGUGGCAGCUCGCCAGCGGACAAUGAAGGCGGCAGCGAAGGCUCACCUAGAUGAUAUUUUGAAGCUCUUACAGUUAAAUUAAUUGUAUAAAUCUGCAGAUAGAAAUGGCGGCAUCUGAGCUGAUCUUGGCGAGGUCCCAAGUCAUGAAUUGAAGAUACCAUCCAUUUUAACUUUACUAUUUUUGAUGAGACUGUUGGAGUUCUACCAUGAGCAGUGCAACCAGUGCUUGGGUGGAGGUGGUUAACGGCUGGCCUUAUGAGUUCAAUAUUGCAUUAAUUUAUAGGGCUUAUCUCUCAUGGCUUUGCUAUGCUGAAAUUUGUUGAUACUUAUUAUGUUUAUUUUUUUUUUUUUGGCAAACUGGAUGAAUCUUUUGAUGUGGUUUCACUGAUCAAUUCAAGAAGGUUUUUGGCCUUUUGCCCUCUGUAAUUUA